CCUCCGGCCCGGCUUUGCCAGCAUUGCUCAGCCUGGGCAGCAGGAACAGCCAGCUCAUCCCGAGCCGCUGGGCCAGGAAGGGCCCCGCCUCGCCCCAGACACCGCCGCGCCUCCGUGCAUUGUCCCACGGCAGCAGCACGGUGACGGUGGGAACAGCCAGCCCAGCAGCAGCAGCAGCCGGAGAAGGCAGCGGGGACGGGGACGGGGACGCAGCGGGAGAGCAGAGCCCCCAGCCGCUUGGAGACCAGCGCAAUAGCUUGUGCCAUUCAAAUACUAUUGAGAGCGACUGGAAUUGGGCAGCCGCUGGAGUUCAGCUUCUCCGUCCCAACAAGGUCUAACAGUAUAGAAUGGCACCUGGUAUAACAGCUGAGAAGAAGACUGAGGAUGAACAGUCGUCAAAAGAUAACUUAAUUCAUCUCUCCAACCCUCACCUUGAGAAAAUGAAAGAUGAUAUCCUGUACCAUUUUGCUCUUGGGACUGGCACCCAUGAUUUUCCUGCUUUAUUUGGAGAUGUCAAGUUUGUAUGUGUUGGAGGAAGCCCUUCACGGAUGAAAGCUUUUAUCACCUACAUAGCUGAAGAGCUUGGACUUGGGAGCGUCGGUGCUGACUAUCCCAACAUCUGUGCCGGAACUGACCGUUACGCAAUGUACAAAGUAGGACCCGUGUUGUCAGUCAGUCAUGGUAUGGGCAUUCCCUCUAUCGCAAUCAUGUUACAUGAGCUGAUCAAGCUGUUGUAUCACUCCAAGUGUUCCAACGUAACCAUUAUUCGCAUUGGCACCUCUGGUGGAAUAGGUCUGGAGCCAGGCUCAGUGGUAAUAACCAGUCAAUCAGUAGAUGCUACCUUCAAGCCUCAAUUUGAACAGGUUAUCCUGGGAAAGACUGUAAUUCGCAGUACCAACCUUGAUGACCAACUAGCUAAGGAAUUGAUGCAGUGCAGUAAGGAGAUAAAUGAAUUCAAUACAGUCAUUGGAAAUACUAUGUGCACUUUGGAUUUCUAUGAAGGCCAAGCCCGUCUGGAUGGUGCAAUCUGCUUAUAUGCUGAAGAAGAGAAACUGCAGUAUUUGAAGGCAGCUUAUGAUGCUGGAGUCCGAAACAUUGAGAUGGAAUCUUCAGUUUUUGCUGCUAUUUGUAAUCUUAGUGGUGUCAGAGCUGCUGUGGUGUGUGUCACACUGCUGAAUCGACUCGAAGGGGAUCAGAUUAGCAGCUCACACGAUGUGCUUGUGGAGUAUCAGCAAAGACCGCAGAAAUUAGUGGGACACUUCAUUAAGAAGUGCCUUGGGAAAGUGUGAUGUACCCACCCCUUUGCUGAUUAUUAGCAGAAAGUUAGUAUUUCAUCUGACUUGAAAUAAUGCUCAUAACUAUAAAUGCCUAUAAAAGCUCUUUUUUACCUCAGGAUAGCUUACACCAACCAAAAUGCACUAAAGCUAAUCAUUAGUAGCUGUAUGUUUCAGUAGCAGAACAUGCUGAAUAAUCUUAAAUGAAGAUUUACCUUAUUUAUAUUAGAGGAUAUACGGUUUUACACUUUUCUGUAUACAGUAACUCCUCGCUUAACUUCAUAGUUAUGUUCCUGAAAAAUGCUACUUUAAAUGAAACAAUGUUAAGCAAAUCCAGUUUCCCCAUAAGAAUUAAUGUAAAUAGGCGGGGUUAGGU